UAUUACGUGGCUAAUUUGGCCAUGUGAUUUGGUGUAAUAGUUGGGAGUUAAAAUGCAUGGAUUAUGGUUACAACGUUAGAAAGUUGUCUAUAAAUAAAGUCAUAUGCAUGUACUCCAAAACACACACACACACACAAAAGGAAAACACUUGUGCUUCUACGAUAAUGGCAUCAAGGCCUGGAAUCCUCACUGAUUGGCCAUGGAAGCCUCUUGGAAGCUUUAAGUAUGUGGUACUAGCUCCUUGGGUGAUUCACAGCACAUAUUCUUUGAUAGUGAAGGAUAAGAGUGAAAGGGAUGUAUCUACAUUUCUCAUAUUUCCAUUUUUGCUAUGGCGUGUUCUUCAUAAUCAGAUAUGGAUAUCUCUCUCUCGUUAUAGAACUUCCAAAGGCAACAAUAGAAUUCUUGACAAGGGAAUUGAGUUUGAUCAAGUUGAUAGAGAAAAAGAUUGGGAUGACCAAAUAUUGUUCAAUGGGUUACUAUAUUAUUUGGCAUGCUAUACAUUGGAAGGAGCAUCACGUCUUCCAUUAUGGAGAACUGAUGGAGUGAUUAUUGCAAUAUUGCUUCAUGCUGGAGCAGUUGAAUUUCUUUAUUAUUGGUUACACAGAGCACUUCAUCAUCAUUUCCUCUAUUCUAGAUAUCAUUCUCAUCAUCAUUCUUCCAUUGUUACGGAACCAAUCACCUCUGUCAUUCAUCCAUUUGCUGAACAUAUAUCAUAUUUCCUUCUAUUUGCAAUACCCAAGUUAACCCUUGUCUUCACAAAUAGAGCUUCUAUUGGAGCAAUGGUUGGAUAUGUCACUUAUAUUGAUUUUAUGAAUAACUUGGGUCACUGCAACUUUGAGAUUGUUCCUAAGUGGCUCUUUGAUAUCUUCCCACCUCUCAAGUAUCUCAUGUACACCCCAUCGUUUCACUCAUUGCACCAUACUCAGUUUAGAACAAACUACUCACUCUUCAUGCCACUUUAUGACUACAUUUAUGGAACAAUGGACAAGGCUUCAGAUGAGUUGCAUGAGUCAACAUUAAAAAGAAAGGAAGAGACACCAAAUGUUGUCCACUUAACACAUUUAACAACCCCAGAAUCCAUUUAUCAUCUAAGAUUUGGAUUUGCUGCCUUGGCUUCUAAGCCAUACACAUCUAAGUGGUACCUUUGGUUGAUGUGGCCUUUUACAGCUUGGUCCAUGUUCCUCACAUGGGUCUACGGCCGCACAUUCAUUGUUGAAAGAAACCGUUUUGAUGACAAACUUAACCUUCAAACUUGGGCAAUACCCAAGUACAGUGUUCAGUACUCACGGCAAUGGCAAAAAGUGUCUAUCAACAAAAUGAUUGAGGAAGCAAUACUGGAUGCUGACAAAAAGGGCAUAAAAGUGGUGAGUCUAGGUCUAAUGAAUCAAGAGGAAGAGCUUAACAUCUAUGGAGGCUUAUAUGUUAGUAGGCAUCCAAAGCUUAAUGUUAAGGUUGUAGAUGGUAGUAGCCUUGCUGUUGCAGCUGUUAUUAACAGCAUUCCAAAAGGAACAACUCAAGUAUUACUCAGAGGAAAACUCACCAAAGUUGCUUAUGCUCUUGCCUACACAUUGUGCCAACAAGGAGUUCAGAUAGCUACAAUGAAUGACGAUGAUUAUGUGAAGCUCAAAAAGGCAUUGAUGCACAGCUCUCAUUCAAAUAUUGUCAAUGCAAAAAGUUUCACUCAGAUGAUUUGGUUAGUUGGAGAUGGAUUGACUGAAGAGGAACAGUUGAAGGCACCAAAAGGAACAUUAUUUAUUCCAUACUCACAAUUCCCACCAAAGAAACACCGCAAAGACUGCUUAUACCAUUACACUCCUGCAAUGCUCACUCCCACUUCUAUUGAAAAUGUCCAUUCUUGUGAGGAUUGGUUGCCAAGGAGGGUAAUGAGUGCAUGGCGUGUAGCUGGGAUAGUGCACUGCUUAGAAGAAUGGAAUGAACAUGAGUGUGGCUACAACAUGAUUAACAUGGACAAAGUUUGGCCUUCAGCUCUUAAACAUGGAUUCAAACCUCUCACUGUUCCCCUCAAAAAAUGAGCUCAUUAUUAAUCGAGUAUUGAAGAAAUUAUGUUUGUAAUUUUCCAUGUUGUAAGCUUUCACGAGGGUAUAAGUUAAGUCCCUAGUUAUGUUUAUCUUUCAUAAAAUAAGUAUAUGCUAUAAAUGGAUGCUAUAUAUAGAGAGAACUUUAUAAAAUGUACGUUUAUGUUACUUUUCUACUAUAUUGAAGAAAUUCAUGAGACAUGUAUAAGCAUUAAUGCUUGAAAAAUUCUUCACUGCACAACAAAUUUGGUGCAUAGGCAUAACCAAAUUAAAAUGUUUAGAAGAGA